GUCACCCGGAAAUAAUCUGGGAGAACUGGGAUUGAUAGAUUGCCCACUGCCAGAGUUGCUGUUAUUCUCCAAUCCUAAACACAUCGAAUACGCCAGAAAAUGGGGAGAUAGUACAUUUUGUCGAUAAUCAACUCAUUAGCUACCCGUUUUAGGAUUGUAUUGAGGAGAAACAUCAACCCUCAUCACCAUCAUGGCAAACAAUGCUACCGCUCCAGGGAAGGUCCUGGGAACGUCUGGCCCCGCUGGAAGGCUAAGUCCGGAGGGAAGCCAGGUUCUGAGUAAGAAAAAACUGCAGGACUUGGUCCGAGAGAUCGAUCCAAACGAGCAGCUGGAUGAGGAUGUGGAAGAGAUGCUGCUGCAGAUAGCUGAUGACUUCAUUGAGAGCGUGGUGACGGCCGCCUGCCAGCUGGCCCGUCACAGGAAGUCCAGCACCCUGGAGGUCAAGGACGUCCAGCUGCACCUGGAGCGCCAGUGGAACAUGUGGAUCCCAGGCUUCGGCUCAGACGAGAUUCGCCCCUACAAGAAGGCCUGCACCACAGAGGCCCACAAACAGAGAAUGGCACUGAUCCGCAAGUCGACCAAAAAGUAGCAAGACCCAAGUCCUCGCAACACAGUCCUUUUCUCAGACUUCUUUUUUCCUCUACUGGGUUCUCGUCGGGGUUGUCAGUGAUGGACAAAGCAAUUGAUUUUUGGGUAUUGCUGUGGGUGGGUGGGUGGUGUGGGAUGGGGGUAGGUGAGGGUUUGGGUUUGUAUGAGUUUGUAUGUAUGCGUGUGUGUGUGUGUGUAUGCGUGCAUCUACCACAACAGAUGCGUACUGAAUAAAGAAACGUUGUGACGAG